UUGGAUAGAGAGCAAACUGUAUGUUUCUUGGACCCACAAUGUCCAGAUAAACCUGUCUGAAUGGACUCUGUGCUGUUGCCUUUAUUUAAAAAAACAUUUAAAUUAUCUUCUGGUGUCCUACGAAGCUUGUUAGCUAGAAGACGGACCCGAACGGAACUUAUAGUAACCCAGGAGGGAGCGAACAGGUUUUAACGGAGUCUGUCUGGAGGAAAAGUUUUUGUGAUUUAGUAAAAAUGUCUAAAGUCCAAAUGCUGAGAGCUUUUGUGAACCAGCGACUAACUGCGGCUGCUGAAGAGAUAUUUGGGCUGUUUGAAGGAACGAUAGCAGAGUACGAGGAGGAACUUUGUCGUUCAAAAGAGAAGAACGAGCGACAACAGAAACUGCUGGACGCUGUUUUAAACCCUCAGCUUCGGUUACACAGAGCAGACGUCCAGCAGCUGUCGGUGGUUAAAGCAGAGGUUCCCCCUGAGCAGCAGGAGUGGAGCUCCAGUCUGGACCAGGAGGACACAAAGCCCCCCCCACACAUUAAAGAGGAACAGGUGGAACUCUGGACCAGUCAGGAGGGAGAGCAGCUUCAAGGGCUGGAGGAGGCUGAUAUCAAGUUCCCGUUAACUUCUGUCCCUGUGAAGAGUGAAGAAGAUGAUGAAGAGAAAGCUCAGUCCUCACAGCUUCAUGAAAGCCAAACUGAGGAGAACAGAGAGGCAGAGAGAACAGAAGCUGAUGGAGAGGACUGUGGAGGACCAGAACCAGCCAGGAACUCAGAUCCAGAUAGUCCUUUACAACCAGCUACUCAUGACAAGACUUCAGACUCCUCUGAAUCUGAAUCUGAGACUAAUGACAGUGCAGACUGGGAGACUAGGGAACCUCAGUCAGGUUUAAACCCUCUGAAAAACAAUGAAGUAGCUGUAAGUGAUGUGGAAUGUAAUACUGGAAACACAUUAGUUAGCUCCUCUGAAUGUGCUGGAAGCUUUGGCCACAAGAAACCUCUGCAGAAACACUCUGGAGUCCAAACAGGAGGGAAAACAUUUAGUUGCUCAGUUUGUGGUAAAAGAUACCUUCGGAAAAAAACCUUAACGACUCACAUGAGACUUCAUUCAGAAGAAAAAUGUUCCACCUGCUCAGUCUGUAAAGCAAGUUUCUGUAAGACUGACGAUUUGGUUAAACACAUGAGAAUCCACACAGGGGAAAAACCAUUUAGUUGUUCAGUUUGUAGUAAAAGAUUUACACUAAAGGAAACUCUGAAACGACACACAACUGUCCACACGGGGGAGAAACCAUUUAGUUGUUCAGUUUGUAAUAAAAGUUUUUCACUAAGGGAAACUCUGAAGCGACACACAACUGUCCACACGGGGGAGAAACCAUUUAGUUGUUCAGUUUGUAGUAAAAGUUUUGCAGACCGUUGUACUCUAAAACGACACCUUGUUGUCCACACAGGGGAGAAAUCAUUUAGUUGUUCAGUUUGUGAUAAAAGAUUCUCUCGGAUCAGUCAAGUCAAAAGACACAAGUGUGUUAGUGAGAGCAGCAGAAAGAAAUGAAGUUGAGGCAACUUCUUUUACAGCAGGAUUGAAGUUCUGAAAGGCAAAACUUGAUUCAACACUGAUCACUUAAAAACUGUCAAACGUAAGGCUAAUGCAGACUUUAAAA